AUGGCCGCUAGGGUUUAUAUCGGAAGAUUGCGAAGAGAUGUCAGAGAGAAGGACGUGGAGAACUUUUUUAAAGGCUACGGAAGGGUGGUCGAUAUAUCAUUGAAAGAAGGCUUUGGAUUUAUUAAUUUUGAAGAACAACGAGAUGCAGAGGAUGCUGUAUAUGAUCUUAAUGGAAAAGAACUCUGUGGAGGAAGAGUUAUAAUUGAGCAUGCACAUGCUCCUGGAUCUAACCGAAGAGACACAAGAGGUGGCGAUUUUCGGCAGCGUGGUGGUUAUGGCAGAGAUUAUGGCAAAGAUAGUUAUGGUAGAGAUAGUUAUGGCAGAGAUAGUUAUGGUAGAGCUCAAAGAUCAGACAAUCGUGUUCUUGUUGAAAAUCUUUCAUCUAGAGUUUGCUGGCAGGAUCUUAAAGACCUUAUGAAAAAAGUUGGUGAUGUUACAUUUGCUGAUGCUCAUAAAUUAAGAACAGGAGAAGGCGUUGUUGAAUUUGCUUCAAGUUCAGAUGUGCUAAAAGCUAUUGAAAAGUUUGAUGGUUACGAAUUUGAUGGCAAGAAAAUGAAAUUGAAAGAUGGGAGAAAAUAUAGCAAACGCAUGUCACAAAGUCGAAGCAGAUCUAGCAGUAGAAGCAGAAAUAGCUAUUCAAAUCAGAAACACAGAGACCAUAGCGACAGUGGUUCCAGCAAAGAUUCAAAAUCAAGAUUUGAGAAUAAUUCAAAAGAUGAUACAAAAGAAGGAGCAAAAGAUACUGACAAUCCUCGAAAUACCAGAUCGAGGUCUCGUUCAUUUUCUGAUGUUAAGAACUAA